UAAAUACUCAGAAAAUCUUGAAAACAAAAUACACUGUGAAAAGGUUGUAGACUCAAACUCUUUCCUUGCUGGAGAAAGGAAGCGUACAAUAUGCUCUUGUGGGAGCACAAUAUAUAUACCCAUGGCCAGAAAACUUAAAUUACACAACGAGCUUUCGGAAAAAUAUCGACGGAAAAAUAUCGACGGAAAAAUACGGAUUGUUCUUCGGGUUCGGCGAUGUAUUACGAAAUUUCGAGAAGUGGCGGAAACCUUUUAAACUUAGGCCUCAGCCAUGAAUGAAUCUCGAGAGCUUUGACGGUUAGGGUUUGUUAGUGUGUUUUGAAUCCCUUUUUACAUGUAUGAAAAAGAAACCUAGCCAUGGAGGUGAAGGAAAGUGAUACUCUGGCUAUGGUUUCAGAGCUUAAUUUGGCGGUGGACCAAGCUGAACAUGUCGACCAAGUUAUAUGCGCUCUUCAUUCACUUGCCGUGUUGCUUUUCCAUGUCGAUUCCUCGUUAUUGUCUGGGAGUCUCGGCGAUGCCUGCAAAAAGAAGGUCAUUGAAACGAGGGUUCCUACAGAUGCUGAAAGAGAAGUGUGGAGGCGAGUUUUCUAUCAGGGAGCUGGAUUUGCAACGCUCACAAAGAUUUUACUAUAUAAGGUUGCUUCCAAUUGGUUGGCUUGUUUCCCAAUAUCUGCUCGUGUACAGAUAUAUGACUCUUUCUUUGUUAAUGGACCUUCUACUGAAGUUGUUCAGGCCCUAGUGCCUUCUUUAGUGCACAACAGCAAAUCAUUUGAUCAUGAAGAUGAUCUCAAUGCUGUAUGUGAUAAUGUAGAGAGGAUCUUGGUACUAUGUUUGUUACAAAAUCAAGGAGCAUGGAGCAUUGCUAAAGAAUUUUCUAAUACUGAUGAAGAUACCAGUGAAUGGAUCAAGUCAGAUUUUAUAUCGAGGAUGGCACAGCUGAUUACUUCAAUUCCUGACAAGGCUAGACUGGAAGCCUCGGCGUCACUUUCUGCACAUACAUUCUUCAAGCAAAUUAUUAUGCAAAUUCUUGAUGGGGCAGAACAAAGAGAAUUUCUAUUCCACCAUGAUAUUGAUGCUUUAGAUACAGAGAUGUCAGAUGGAACUCUCUUGUUUACUGGUGAAACAUUUGCACGCAUUUGCAGGCGUGGAUUUGCAGGUAUAUUGGUGUCAGAAGUGAUCCCUCGAAUUGUUAAACAUGUACGGAGGCUCCUAACAUCAACUGUUGAUUCAGUUGACCUUUCUGAACUAAUUAACUCAAAUUCAAAGUUGACAUUCUGGCAAAGGAUGAUUGAAGCCAUAAAGGACCCAUAUGCAGUGGAAAGAUUGUCGGAGGACUUAUUGCGCCAGCUAUCAGCAAAGGAUGUGAAUGACAUUGAAGCUUAUUGGACUCUUUGGAUAUUGUUUUAUAGGACAUCCAAUCGUCGGAACACCACAAGGACUAUGCUUGUUGAAAAGUUUUUGCUUUGGAAGGUGUUCCCUAUCCGAUGCCUGAGAUGGAUUCUUCGGUUUUCUGUUCUCAAAUUUCCACCAAAUGGAGCCAUGUCCACAGAAGGAAGUGUAACUCAAGGUCGUAUUGACGUUGUAAAGCGUCUAGUGGGGGUAUGGUCCAAAAGAGAGUUCAUUCAAUUAGCUUCGAUGUCUCAGCAAGCAUAUAUUACUGCAGCUGUAGGCCUCUUGUUGGAGAACAUGUCGAAAGAAGAACUUGAAACCGCGGGAGAUUUAAUGCAUUGUCUUCUUCAAGGAGUUAGCUGUAGAUUGGAGAGCCCUCUCCAUCUAGUUCGGAAAAUGGCUAGUUCUAUUGCUCUCGUUUUCUCCAGAGUAGUUGAUCCAAAAAAUCCCCUGCUCCUUGAUGAUGAUUGUAGUGAGGUAACUCUUAAUUGGGAUUUCAGUGAGGGAAAGAAAGAAGUGGUUGCCACCUCUGUCCUAUCAGAGAAGAAAAUGAAGACUGAUGAUAGAACAUCCAUUAAUAGUGAAGAUGUGAAGGUUAAAAACUCCAUUGUGGGGGGAAAUGGCAAGUUAUUGGUGAACAAUUUGGUGGAUCCUGAUGAAGUUAUUGACCCAGCAUUUCUAAAUGAUGAACAUGGGUCUGAUGACGAUGAUGAUGAUAACUCAAGCAACAAUUCUGAAGCCUCUAAUGAUUCGUCUCUGCAGCCUUAUGACAUGUCAGAUGACGAUACUGACUUGAAAAAAGGAUUCUCUCAGCUUGGUGACCUAGUUACCGCACUACGGAAGUCUGAUGACCCUGAUGGUGUAGAGAGGGCGCUUAAUGUUGCUGAAAAUCUUCUAAGGUCAGGCCCAGAUGAACUCCAGCAUGUUUCAGGGGAACUUGUUAGGGCACUUGUGCAGCUUCGAUGUUCUGAUGUGACUCUUGAAGGGGAGGAAGAAUCUGCCGAAGAAAAGAGGCAAAAAGCACUUGUUGCAAUGGUGGUCUCAUGUCCAUUCAAAUCUUUGGAUGCCCUAUCCAAAUUAUUAUACUCACCUAAUGUUGAUGUGAGCCAGAGGAUCAUGAUCCUUGAUGUCAUGGCAGAUGCAGCAAAUGAACUUUGCAAUUCCAGAGAUGUAACCAACUUAAAGCAUCAGAGAGGGAAGCUUAUAUCUUCUGUUACAUCUGAAGUUCAGCCAUGGUAUAGGCCUAGUAGUAGAAAAGGGCCUCUUGGAGCGGGUUCUUGGAAGGAGGUCUCAGAGAGAGAAUCGGCGUUAAGUUGGUCUCACCGCUAUGAAAGAGAGCUUCCUUCUAAAGUUGGGGAUAUAAAUAUAGGAAAAUCUCGAAGAUGGGGUGGCCAGGCUUCAAUAAAACAAGAAACCCAAAUUGGAAUUCCAAAAAAUAAAUUUCCAAUGUACGCAGCUGCUUUCAUGCUCCCUGUUAUGCAAGGAUAUGACAAGAAACGACAUGGGGUCGACUUGUUGGGUCAGGAUUUUGUGGUUCUUGGAAAGCUUAUCUAUAUGCUUGGUGUUUGUAUGAGAUGCACGGCCAUGCAUCCUGAAGCUUCUGCAUUAGCUCCUGCCCUCCUUGACAUGCUCAGUUCCAGGGAAGUUUCAAGACAUGCGGAAGCAUAUGUCAGAAGAUCUGCUCUUUUUGCUGCUUCGUGCAUACUGGUUACCCUUCACCCCUCAUAUGUUGCAUCUGCUUUAGCUGAAGGGAAUCCUGAUGUAUCUAAAGGGCUUGAUUGGAUACGCACAUGGGCUCUUCAUAUAGCUGAAACUGACCCAGAUACCGAGUGUGCAUCUUUGGCCAUGACUUGCCUUCAACUUCACUCUGAAAUGGCUCUUCAAACAUUUAGAUCAAUGGAAAUCAAGGGCAAAGGUGAUGACUGCAUAGGUACCAGUUCAUUGAAGAAGGCAACCAUUAUUGUGCCUCGCUCCAAUACUCGGGCAUUUCCCUAGCAAAAAUAUAGUAUAAUGUGAUGCAGACCAAGGAGUGUAACAUGCGUGUGAGUCAGUGGGUAUCAAAAACUUGAAAGGCGCAAGGAAAUCGAGUGGCAGGAUCCAAAACCUGAAAGGCACAUGGAAACCAAGUGGCGGAAUCAUUUCCCUCGCAGUGUCGUGCAUUACCGACUGACCUUGAUCUUCUAAUAAGGGUUCGAAUGGGAGCAUGCCUUUUGGUAUUAGUAGACUUGGGGCCGAUUUAUAAGAAAUGUCAUACUAUAUGUCAUAAUUUAUCAUAUGUUCAUAGUUUUGUUUUGGAAA